UAUCAGAAAUAUUUACAAAUAAUUAAAUGUUAAAAUGCUCUCGAGGAAAAACAGAGAUUUGAGAACUAUCAAGGAAGGUGUAGUUGGAAAAUAUGUCAAGAAAGAAACGCCUCCAGAAAUGCCCAUAAUCAAUGUAUGGACGACGGAGCCUACCAAGAAGUCACAUAGACGGAUUAACCAGAGUCCUUCACCAACCACAAGCACUGUGCAGGAAACCAGCAUAACUCAAAAAUUUGGUAAUAAUCGAAUUGCUCCCAACCUAGGAGGUCAUGAAGGAAAAUACACUCCAAGCAGUUCCGUCCCAGAUAUUGCUCAGAGGUUUGCAAGCAUGUCUGUGGGUAGUGGAAGUGGCAGUGAUGGAAGUGGAAGUAAUUCACGUUUGCCUCCCACAACAUAUGGAACAGCUUUGGUUCCUUCAGUAAGUCAUACAUAUUUCAACCAGUACACUGGAUCUGAGUACAGCCUGAAUAAAAUGCAGUCACCUCAGCUGAGUCCCAGCUAUAUUUCUGUACGUGGAUCAACAGAAGCUACUGACUUGCAUGAACGUAUUCCAAUCCACCAUGAAGUAAACUAUGGAAAUUCUUCGGUCUACCAUUCUCGUGUGGAAGAAUAUAGAGUAUCACCAUAUCAACAGGUCCCUGUGCCAUAUAAUCAGCAUGUGAGCAUCCAUCCUCUGCACACACCUAGACAUUCACACCAGAGCUUCCACAAUGCACCAGCCCAUUCAUCACCACACCAGCGAGCUCAGGGAGACCAGAACUCCUCACAAGCAAUUGAUCAGACAGAAGAGUUGCCACUGCCGCCUGGAUGGUCUGUUGAUUAUACAAUGAGAGGUCGAAAGUAUUACAUAGACCACAAUACAAAAACAACUCAUUGGAGUCAUCCUUUGGAGAAGGAAGGGCUCCCAACAGGUUGGGAGAGGAUAGAAUCCCCUGAAUAUGGUGUUUACUAUGUAAAUCAUAUAACCCGACAAGCACAAUAUGAACAUCCUUGUGCACCACAUUACAUUUACCAGCCAGAGGCAAGAGUUCAGAUGGAAGUACAACCACGAAUGCUUGCACCACCACCAAGACACACUCAUUUUCAUCCUCACAGUGUACUUGUUCCUGCAAAUCCUUAUCUGAAUGAAGAAAUACCGCAGUGGUUAGUUGUGUACUCCAGAGCAUCAAAAGAAUUGGAUCACAAGUUGAGAUGGGAAAUGUUCAGAUUACCUGAAUUGGAUUGUUUUAGUGCCAUGUUAACACGUUUAUAUAAACAAGAACUGGAGGAAAUAGUAAUGCGGUAUGAAGCAUACAGGGCUUCCUUGGUGCUUGAAAUUGAGCGACGUUUGACGGCUGCUGCUGAACAGUCGGGAGCUACCACAGAGCUAUUGAAAGAAGCAGCUUUGUCUCAGCAUGUAGAGACCAAAGUAUAA